AUGAUGGAAUGCCUUUAUCCUGAGAAAGUGGUUUGUUUCCCCAUUCGAUAUAUCGAUCUGACUUAGAUUACCGGAGCUAUUGUGUGCAAUGUCUCAAUCGGACUUCUGGUCAUCAUUUUGGCAUUGGUCUUACUCUAUUUUCUCCAUAUCAAACAUUACUCCGAACAAAACAUUGAUUCAAUUGGAGUAUCGCUGAGAAAUAUGGCCAAAGCAGCAACUUUCAGCAUGGUACAGUGCGCUUAAUUAUUGGACAAUAUAUGUAUAUGUAUACUAGUUCUGGUUACAGUAUCCCAUUAUUAUCAUUUUGGUGUUUGCUGACAGCUGUGGGAUGAAGAAAGAAGAGGUGAUCAAAGAGUAUGAAAAGGACUCCAUGGAGCGGCGCAACGUCAUUUACACCUUACUUGGACAGAGAAACUUCUCGAAGAAGUUUAUUGAGAGGUAUCCAUCACAAUUCAUGCUCAAUGGAUACGAAGGCGAAGAAAUUUUACUCAAAAAAAUUAAGAAUGGAACUAAAUAA